AUGAGGAUUAACAAAAAGGACGAAAUAGUAAACGUUCUGUUUACUGUAUUUUUGCUAAUAACUCAGCAGAUCUCGUUGUUGUAUAUCAUACUUAAAAGUACAAGAAGUAGUGACUUUUAUUUUGGGUUUUUAAUUGCAGAUGUAUUUUUAUGUAUAUAUAUUGUACUAAGUCUUUAUGAUGAAAAUAAUGCAGGAGUAAAAAUAUCAAUCCAAUGGAUGAUUUACAUGACCACGUUAGGUUUAAAAAUGUGUAUUUAUUGUUUUUUCAUAAAAAAUGAGGAAAAUUUAAAUAAGUCAAGAAGUCUUUUUUUCAUGUACCUAUCAAAUGAUGUAUUAGUAUACAAUUUAAUAUAUUUAACCCCAUUCAUAUAUUUACUAUUCUCACUAAGAAGUAGAAAUAUAUUAGAAAAUAUCUUAAACAAUAAAAUAGUAAUAGAAAAUAUUCUAAGUAUAGAUGUAAAUAUAAUCAACCUUUUUGACAUAAUUGAUUUAAUUUUCAUGUACUCUCAUUUGACAAAUAUUUAUAAAAUAUUACCACAUGUCAGAGGCUCUUACAACUUUCAAAACAUUUCUCUCAUGCUUAUAAUUGUGCUUGUUGAUAUCUUCCUCUUUGGUUUUUAUUUUCCUAUAUACACAAAUAUAGACAAGUCAUAUUCAUACAACGAUCAAUCCAUAGAGCUAAAUGAUAGAAAGGGAAACAAAUCGAGGCAGAGAACAAGGAACCAGGGUUUUUACCCAAGUAGAGAUGGAGAAGAAGAUGAAGAUGAAGGAGAAGAAGAAGAUGAAGAUGAAGAAGAAGAAGAUGAAGAAGAUGAAGAAGAAGAACGAGAAGGCAUAGAAGACGGCUGUCCAAAGAUAAAAAAUGGAGUGGAAAAAAAAGUAGAAGGAGAAACGAUAGAAGAUAGCUGUCCUGGGGUAAAAGAUGGAAUGGAACAAGACAGAAGGAAAAAAAAAGGACAUAUCAAAGGGAAGCAUAAAAAUCAAGCUGGCCAAAUUCAUUCAUAUAACAGGUGCGAAUCGGAGGAGAGGAUGAAUAACUUUGUGCAUCCAAAGAAUUCGAGAAUUGCUAGGAAUGAAUACCUGCACAGUGAUAGAAAUAGUAGAUAUACCUUGUCAAGUUUCAGCACCAAUAGACAUAGUCACAGUAGAAGCCGUAGUAGUGAAUCUAGUACAAGACGUAGUAGUGGAAUUCAUCCUGCAAAUGUGUCAUUUUUAGAUGAGUCCAAGGUUGGGUAUAUGAAAAAAAAGGGUGCAUCCAAAUUUGACCUCUCUAGGGAAAAUGCAAAUAAAGUAGGGAUGAUGAAUCCACACGUAGUAUCCAUGAAUUCGAAGCAAUCAACGUAUGCAUCAUCUGACAUGUCAAGGGAACUACUCCCAAGGAAGAAUUCAGCCUCGUCUUUAGGAGCCUCCUCUUUUUCAACUUCGUCCUUUACGGCCUCCUCUUUAGCAGCCUCCUCUUUUUCAACCUCGUCUUCCUUCACUUUUUCCAAUGCUAACUCACCAUAUGUAUCUUCCAACAGUUCCAACAUUUGUUCUAUCCAUUCUGGGUCUUCCUCAUCUUACCUACCAUCCAUUCUAUCUUUCUCAUCAAAUGAACAGAAGAUAAAAAAAUAUAAUAAAUCCAAUAAAUUGCAUCACCAUAAAUUUAAGGACGUCUACACAGAUGUUUACAUAACUGCCAAGUUUCAUUUCAUCGUAGGGUUCCUCCUCAUUGAUGUCCCUUUUUUCAUAUACAGAUUCAUCUUCUGUCUGAAGCACAAGGUGAUGCUAACCCUAAUUGUGAAGAACGUGUUGUUUCUGCUAUUCAGGUCAUACAAACUAAAUGAAUACAGACUUGUGGAAAAGGAAAAAUAUAAAAAAAACAAAAGCAAUCUUGACUUUCAUUUGUACAACUUGUUCAAUUUUGAUGACGAAUCGAGUGGUUACCAAAAAGGUGGCAAGCAAAAGAAAGGAGAAUCUGGGGAGAAAAAGAAAACUGGAAGGAACCUUAUCAAGAUGAUAAAGAAGAAGAAGAAGAAGAAGAAAAUGAAGAAGAUGAAGAUGAAGAAGAUGAAGAAAAACAAACAAAAAGAAAAAUCCACAUUUUUUGAGAAAUAUGUUAAAGCUCAAAUUACAAAGGAAAGAGAUUUAGGCCAAAAAAGGGGAAUUGCGCAAAUGAGUAAUGAAACGGUGGAGGGAAGAGCUGAGAUGGAUCAUGCCGCUACAAAGGUGGAGAAAAAGAGGGAAAAAAUGGAAAAGCUAGAAAAAAUGAAAACAAUGGAAAAAGACAAGAAUAACAAUAAAACGAAGGAGAAAAAAAAAAAAAAAAAAAAAAAAAAAAAAAAAAAAAAAAAAAAAAAAAAAAAAAAAAAAAAGAAAAAAAAAAAAAAAAAAAAAAAAAAGAAGAAAAAAAAAAAAAAAAAAAAAAAAAAAAAAAAAAAAAAUACAGUUAUGCAAGUUUUUAAGGAAGAAUUUCAGGAUAAUAAGAAAAAGAAGCUACUGGAGAAGAAGGCUGCUAUCUGUGAAAUAACAUCAAGCAGGAUCUGCGACAAAAAAUAUCACGGGGAAAGUGAGCACAUAGGGAAGUUUAUACAUAAUAAAGUAGAACAAAAAACAAAAAAUCAUAAAUUUGUAGAAAGAAAACGAUGGAUUAAUAAGAAAGGACAAAUUAAAUUCAGCUGGAGUGAGAGGAGAAAAAUGAGAAGUGAAUUCAGAAAGUACAAAAAUUUAAUUUUCAAACUUAAAUAUAAAAGAAAAAUUCCGAUAUAUCAUUUUAAAAUGUGGGAUCACAUGAGAUCCAUGUGUAAUUUUUUAUUUAAACGAUUCAACAGUUCCAAUUUUAUUUAUUUGGAUGAUAAAUUAGUGUUUUCCUAUUUUACAAAUAUACGUCUCAUAUUCCUUAUUAUACUUGAUUAUUUUAUGAAAAUUGGAAUCACCAUAUUUUUCAUUAUAGUUUUAUUAAACAAUCACAAACGUGUAAGUCAUCAUGAUUUUGUAUACAUGCAUGACAUUCCAACCAAGUCUAUAAUUACAAAUAAGGAAAUUUUUACCUUUCCAGAAACUUUUGAUUUGUCUGAAUAUGCAAAUAUGCAACUACCAGAAGAAUCAAUUCCUAUAAAUUAUAUAAAUAAAGAUAUAAACAAUUUUAAAAAUAAAAAUAAUCAAAUAUAUAUACCAAAAGGAUACGUCAAUUUAGAAAUUCCAGAUAAUAUAUUUACAACAAAAUGGGAACUUAUAUUUAGAAUUGAUAAAAUUUAUAUAUAUACUUGUUUGGCAUAUUUUGUUCUUUAUUUCCUUCUUCUCAUAAAAACAUCGACCUUUUUCGACAUUUUCUUCGGAUCCAUAUUUAAUACCAUAAGUCAUUUGUCUUUCUAUUUUUCCUUAAAACAAUUCAUUUUAUUUUUUUUUAUUUUCCAUGGAAAUAUUUAUAAUGAUGAUUAUGUCUACUAUGAUCGCAACAUACGCAAGCUAAACUAUCGCCUCCAUUAUUUCUCUCUCCUCCUCUUCAACCUCCACCACUUUUUUUCUCUUGUCAAGCAUGCUUCUCUUUUUAUGCGUGUCUUGUUUAAUUGCAGGUAUGUCUACUACUACAGGAGAUUCAACCGAGGAAAUAAAAACCAACUCAGAUACUCAGUUAGCGUGUAUAUCCUUUUCCUUCUGUGCAAAUAUGGCUAUGCACCCAUUAAUCUGAACACAUUGUUAUUUGGUCAAAAUAUUCUGAACAAUAUUUUGUUAAUAGACAAUAUAAAUAGUUUCACGUGGAUAAAUAUUAUUGUACUAAUCUUAUUUAAAGGAAUACAUGUUCUGAUGACAAACACAAAUUAUUUUUUAAUUGGCUUAUUCAUUUUACACAUCAUUCUUUAUGUUAUUUAUGCUAUUCAUGCACAAAUACUAAGAUAUAUAAUUCUUCGGAAAAUGGAAAUUCUCUUUGCUUUUAAAAAUAUACUCAUCUCAAAAUAUGAACAAACACCUCUGGUUCUUGAUAAAACAUCUCCCUAUAUCACAUGUCGUGACAUACUCAAAUAUUAUUCAGAGGAAGGAUUUUUUUCUUCAGAGGGAAAUAUGAUACCAAAUUUUAUAUGA